CUUCGCCUCGAAGACGAGAAACAUCAUGGCGGAUCCGCUGCCAACGCAUGCCGCGCAUACAAGCAGCAGUAAUUCGAGACUUCCGUCUCCGUGCGUAUUGCCUGGUGAGCGCAGUCAUUAUCCUGUGAAUAUAGCGGUGGACUUCACUCAAUUGCGGGUACGCAGAAGCAAAUUGAAGUUGCGCAGCCCUCAACUCUCUUUGCGACGGAAAACAGUGCUACAAUGGCACGAAGUAGACUCUAACGAUGUUGUUGCAACUUUUGCAAUGGUAUAACUGCGUGCUACGCGUCGGAUUGCUGAAAGCCCAACGCAUUGCGGCGAUACAUGGUAUUUCAUGGCAUCCCGGAGACGCCAGGUAGCUCGAAGGAGCAGCUAGCAGUUGCUGUUGCUAGACACUUCAACGAGGAAUGCAAGCAGGCGGACGAAAGCUCCAGCAUUACAUCAUUCGUCUCUUAUCUUACGGGGUCAAACGACACUGUGGAGGCAGCAGAGUUGCUACGAGCACGACCUUUUCACCGAUUGAAGCGCAAAAAGCAGAACUAUGACGACGACGAUGAUAAAGAAAAUCAGAGGCGACAGGGGAAAUACCACAGCACUGAAGAUGAUGAAGCCGUGUUGGCCGAAGAUGAUGUGGAUCAUCUGUACGACUUCGACGAGCAGGGGCUUCGUGAUGAGAUGCGUCCGCUUGAAGUCAAAAUGCGGCGGUCAGCAGACGACGACAAGAAAUCUCGUGGUGGAAAUGGUCGUGGAAGGGCAGAUAGUGGGGACGCGGGAGUUGUGCAGAAGAAAAAGAAACGAAAAGGACGACUGUACUGCAUUUGCAAGGGCGCCAGCUUCGGUAACAUGAUUGCAUGCGACAACAAACGGUGCCUUGAUCGGUCGAACUGGUACCACAUGGGCUGUGUGGACCUUGAUCCGCUCGAAAACCCACCCGAGACAUGGUACUGUCCAGCUUGUCAGGAGAAUGACUCCGCAGAUAUCCCAGAGAAUCAAUAUCGAAAACCCGUCGCCAGCGUCACGUACGGUGAUAUGAUUUCGCAUGCGCUGACUGUUUUGCCUAAUGGAAAAGGUUCUUUCAAGGAGAUCUGUGACUUCGUGGAGACCGAGUACCAGAGCCAACUCAACUGGAAGCUGGAAAGGUACAAUGAUCAACGCAAGUCCCCCGUUUGGAAAUCCUCAGUGCGCAAGAUCCUUUUCUCCAACGUCCGCUUUCGGAAACACCCAGCUGACAAAGGCGUGUUCUGCUUGGCUGCGUAA